UUUGUUUUACCACCCUCCCCCACCAUCCUCUCUCUCGUCCUUAUGUAACACAAUAAUCGGGUUUGGAGUUUGGAUUCUUUUUCAUACAGACGCAUGGCUUCACUUUUCCAGAGAAGGCUCAAAGUACAUUUCUCUACAGUUUCAGGGAUUUAAGACUUAAUCCAUGGGGAGCAUCCCGGGACUUUCUCUUCUUCUUCUGGUGGCGAGUGUGUCCCUCCUGACGAGCCCCGGUGUCCAGGGCGGAAAGAUCCUGGUGUUCCCGGUGGAUGGCAGCCACUGGGUCAACAUGAACCUGCUGAUCCAGGGCCUCCACGCCAGGGGCCAUGAGGUCACUGUGGUCCGUACAGCCACCAGCUGGUACGUUAAAGAAAGUGCACCACAUUACCGCUCCAUCACUGUCACGCUGCCAGAAGCCAUCAGCAUAGAGGAGCAGGACUUUUUCGUUACCUUCCUGGUCAAGAUGCUGGAGAUCCAGAAAAAGGGGGCGUCUCUAAUUGGCUUUGUGAACUUCUACUGGGAAAUGCUCAGUUCGCUGUCAAUGAUUCACCAGCAGGCCAGUCUGCUGGGCGUAGAAAUAUUUGAGAACAAGACCUUAAUGCAGAGUAUUCGUGAUACUCACUAUGACGUGGUUCUUCUGGACCCUGGCUUGCCUGUAGGGGUUCUGGUGGCCCAUGAACUUAAGCUGCCGACCAUUUUUAACGUGAGAUGGAUCACCAGCGGAGAAGGCCAUUUUGUUGUCGCUCCGUCUCCAACGUCCUACGUCCCAACUUCAGGAUAUGCUGCGUCAGAUAAGAUGACCUUUGAGCAAAGAAUCAAAAACAUGCUCCACUAUGUCAUCAACACAUGCAUUGACAAGUUUAUAGUAUGCCCUCACUAUGACAGACUAGUGGACAGGUACUUUGGUCCAGGUGUGAACUUCUAUCACCUCCUACAAGGGGCAGACAUCUGGCUCAUGAGGGUGGACUUUGUCUUUGAAUUCCCCAGACCCACCAUGCCAAACAUUGUUUACAUUGGUGGUUUUCAGUCUAAGCCUUCGAAGCCUUUAUCAUCAGAGCUGGAGGAGUUUGUUCAAACUUCAGGAGAGCACGGGUUCAUCCUCAUGUCUCUGGGCACACUGGUUAAAGGUCUACCUGUAGAAAUCACUUCUGAAAUUGCCGCUGCCUUUGCCCAAAUUCCUCAAAAGGUCAUAUGGAGGCAUGUUGGUGAGCGCCCCAGCAAUCUGGGCAACAAUACCCUUCUGGUGAAAUGGAUGCCCCAGAACGACCUCUUGGGUCACCCGAAGAUCAAAGCCUUCGUGGCCCAUGGUGGUACUAACGGGAUCUAUGAGUCCAUCUACCACGGAGUGCCGAUAAUAGGCAUUCCUCUUCUGUUUGACCAGUUCGAAAACGUUUUAAGAUUGGAAACGCGAGGAGCUGCUAAGGUGGUGGACGCGACCAAACUCACCCGCCUGAACUUUCUGGAAGCUCUACAAGAAGUUAUUGACAACCCCUCAUACAGAAACAACAUGAAGCGCCUCUCUGCUCUCCACCGGGAUAAACCAAUGCAUCCUCUGGAAACAGCACUUUUCUGGACAGAGUUUGUCAUGAGGCACAAAGGAGCUUCACAUUUACGGACUGAGUCUUAUAAGAUGCCCUGGUAUGCCUAUUACUCUGUGGAUGUUAUUUGCUUCUUGUUGGCAAUCCUGUGUUUGCUGACAGCAACUGUAGCGGGAUCAAUACGAUUCCUGUGCUUUCGACUGUGCAGGAGGAGAAAACCCAAACAGGAGUAGCCACUCCUCACACCAGUCAGAUAUUUUGAAGAAUAAAGCUGCUGAUAUUCUACAUUUUUAUUAUUGUAAACAAACCCCAGAAAAAGAAAAAGCAAAAGUUAACUGAUCCUACUACCAAGCACUGUGUAUAUGUAAACACUGAUCUUAUUCCUCUGGGCUCCAUUGUCAGUCCUACAUACACUGUCCUGACCCAGAUACUCACGAGAAAACCAAAUGUGUAUGAAAUGUGUAUUACUCCUGUUUGAGGAACUUGAGCUAAAACACACAGAGCCCAGCUGUUUCAGGAAAUUACCGAGCCACACACAGCGACACAUCACUGGGUUUGCUCUAAUUCAACAGCAAAAAUAAAAAUAUGGAAUAACACCAGCCUUAUCCUUCGACUGAGUCAGCCUAACACCUGGAUUCACACCAGAAAAAAUGUGAUUUAGCUCAAGACAUCAGAAGUCUAAAAGGUGCUGGAUGCAAAGAAAUCAAACCUCCUGCACACUUCACUGUGGCGUACACAUGCCCGACAGAGCCUGUACCUUCUUUCAGCACUGUGUUUCUAGUAGCACUCUCAGUAGUUUGAAAAGUACUGAAAUUUUCUAAAUCAGUCAAUUAUGCUGAUCUGAAAUUUAAUAAGAUAUAUAAAAACACAUACGUGCCUUAUUUCAUGUUUUUUUUUUAUAAGAAUCAACUUUUGAAAAUGAAUGCUGUGGUGUUUUGUUGUGUAUCAUCACUGGACAAAAGAAAAGUCUGGUACAAAAAAAUGUACUUAAUGAAGAUAAAGUAAGAAAAGACAAAUUGAAUUCAAAUGAAAAAACUCAGAUUUGAACAUAGGGCAGAAAAUGAAUGCAUCAUAGAUUUGCUCCUAUAAUUUCCUACAGUCUAUGUACAAAAUGGCAAUUUCAAAUUGUUACUGGUUUAUUUACAACAUGAAACGAGAAAUAAAAAUGUCUGUGGACAAUCUAA